AGAUCUGACUAUCAAUGUAAAUAAAUAUAAUCCCAUGCACGCAGGGUGCUACUUUAAAAUACCGCAAAAUAUCCGGUACAAGAGGGCAACAAUCACUAUCGAAUCUGGAGACAAUGCAUGUUUCGCGUGGGCAGUAGUAGCGGCUCUCUAUCCCGUUGCGAGACACACAGAGCGACCCUCGUCAUAUCCUCAUUACAACACCGUGUUAAAUUUUGGCAACAUCGAGUUUCCAAUCUCUCUCAAUCAAAUCCGAUUGUUUGAGAGACUGAAUGACGUUUCCAUUAACGUAUACGGUAUUGAAAAUCAUCAUAUGAUUGCACCACUAUAUCUGACUAGUGAGAAGAAGAAUCGUCAUGCCAAUUUGCUGUAUGUGGAGAAUCAUCAAAACAGUACAAUCCCAGGACAUUUCGCAUGCAUCAAGAAUCUCUCUCGGCUAGUUAGUAGCCAAUUAAGUAAGAAGAAGAGCAAGAAAUUCAUUUGUGAUCGGUGCCUGCACUAUUUCUGCUCGAGCCAGAAAUUGGAAACACACACCAUCCGGUGCAAACAAAUGAAUGACUGUGCUAUUGUACUGCCUAACGAAGAGGACAAGUGGUUAAAGUUCCAAAAUUAUUUUCGAAAGGAGCGGCUGCCGUUUGUAGUCUACGCCGAUCUAGAAUGUAUCUUAGAAAAAAUGACUGAACAGCAGAACCAAAAUUCGUAUCCAUAUCAGCAUCAUAAAGUAUUUAGUAUUGGGUAUUAUAUUCAAUGUUCAUACGAUAUCUCACUAUCGAGAUAUGAGUGUUACCGCGGUGUAGAUUGCGUUUCAUGGUUCGUUCAAGAAUUGCAAUAUUUAGCACAUUUCGUUAAAGAUAUUUUAUCCAUUAGCAAACCUAUGGAUUCUUUAUCACCUGAGCAGUGGAACACAUUUACCAAUGCCACACUAGUGAGCAUCGUAUUCAAGAUGCAUUGA